AUGGAGUUUGACGAUUUUCUCGAAUUCCCUGGUAGAGUGGCAGUCGCUGUACAAGAUGCACGUGAGGACCUACUUCAAAAGUUCACAAAGAGCUCUGCCAAGUUCCGUAAAGAAUCCAACAACAAGCAGCAAUAUUCGCCACCCCUGACUCCAGUACUCAAGCGGAAGUUCAGAGAUACAUCUUUAAACUUCCACUUGAGUCGGGACGAGAAUACUGAGCAUGCGAGAGUGGAAGCAUGGGGCAGAUACCUGAAGGAAGAAAUCGACAAGACUGUCGAAAAGCUCAUCGCUUACAUUACUACUAUAAAGCAGAUCGCCAUUAAUUACCCCUUUCGUGUUGAGAAUGGCAUGACCGGGACGCCUGCGAGUUCCUCCGCAGCAGACACUAAUGCUGCACGAACAUUGAUUAAUAUGAGACACUCGGUUAUUAAUCCUGUAGAUGUUGUAGGUGGGGACCUAUCUAAUGAUGAGGGAGAUGGCCUGGAUGCGCCCGGUGAUGAGAUGGACGUGGAUCAGCUACCUGUGUCUAUACUUACAGAUGGCAAUCGAGACAUGAGCGUCUCAUCCCAAGUGAACUUGGUUCCAAAGGAAGCCGAUAGAGGCAGCCAGGGUCACGACACAAACCCUUCAAUUCCUUCUACACCCAGAGCGACUUCCAUCAUCCCUUCGAUCCCUGGCACGAACAUCGACAAGAAUAACCUUGUCCCCCUUUCGUCUCCUGCCAGCAACAACAGCGAUUUGUCCAUGCCUCCAACUCCCAGAGCGUUUUUCUCGAUCUCGCCUCCCCCUGACACGAACAUCGACAACAACAACUCUACCCCUCCUUCACCUGCCACCAAUACUAUUCCUAGAGUGACUCGCUCGAACUCGCCUCCCGCUCAGGUGGAUGACCAUCAGCUAAAUGCACUCAUGACCCGUGCCGGCACAAAAGCCACCAAGAUCUGCAAAAAAGCAAAAGGGAAAGGCUAG